AUGAAGUUCUGCGGCGCCCACAUUGACCACCAGGCGGCGCUCCAGGGCCGCUACUUAAAGACGCACCUGCGGAGGCGCUUCCCCAGCGCUCAAAGUGGCAUUUGCACAGGGGACCGCAGCCCACGUCCGCCUCGGGCUCCCUCCUGCUCCGCGAUCAGCGCCAAAGGCGGCACCGUGACCAUGAGCCUUUUGGGGGACUGGUGCAGGGGGCUGGCCGUGGACGUGCACAGGGCCCUGCUGGUCACCGGCAUCCCGGAGGACCUGGAGCAGACAGCCAUCGAAGCCGUCCUGAAGCCGGCCUUGCUGCCCCUGGGCAAGUUCAGGCUGCGGAACACGAGGGCCAUGAGGGACGAGAAGGCCAAGGCCGCCCUGAUGGAGUUUGUGAAGGGCAUUAAUCACGGUGCCGUCCCCAAGGAGAUCCCGGGCAAGGACGGCGUCUGGAGGGUUCUGUGCCAGGACAGCGCGGAGGACACGAGAGUCCUGAGGCAGAUGAAACGCUUGCUGCUGGAUAAAAGGCCCCCACAGGCCGCAGUGGCCAGGGCCCCCGGGGACACGCCCACCCCUCCCGCUUCGGAGACCCUGGCUCUGGGGUCGGGCCCGGGGGUAAGGGAGGCUGGCCCCCCUCCUGGUGCAGCCAAAGAUGCUAGGAGGGGCCGUCGGGGUCGCAGAAACAGAACCAGAGGCAGCAGGUUGACCAGAAGAGCAAGAAGUGGGGCGUGGAGGGCGGCCAUCCACGUCGGGGAGCGGGAGUCCCAAGACUGUUCCGACUAGAGCCUGGGUAUCGUGAUCGAGGAGAUGGACAAGGAAGACUUGAGCGGGGAUGGCGAACAGAGCGCGCUGUACACCACCCUCCAGGCCGCCGCGAAGGAGCUUCUUAGGAAGUGGGCCCUCCAGAGGGAAGGAGAUGAUAACGGUCCCGGCGAGUUCUUGGCCCUGGCAACGGUGACGGACAAAGCCAAGAAGAGGGAGAUGGAGAAAGAUUCCCCUGGGGCUGAGUUGAUCAGCCUGAACAUCAAAGAAGACCGGAGCGAAAUUCCAGACUUAGUGGCCCUUCUCGCAGUGAGAGACGCGUCGGACGAGGAGACCAUGGGCAGCGACGCCUCCCAAAGCAAGUCUCAGGAAAACGGGGAUCAAGAAAGAGAGGGGGUGGACAUUCCCGAGUUUGUGGCCAUUGUAGCUUGUACAGACCCCGCGGACCACUCCGCCCGCGACGAGAUGUUGAAAAUCGCUUCUGUGAUGGAGUUGCUGGGCUGGAGCGACAAGGAAGCUGCCCUGCCCGAGGUCUUGUCCGUCAUGGCCAAGGACACUUCCGGAACCCGAGUGAAGGUGGAGGAGGCAGGCCGCCAGGUGGACGCCGUGGUCCUGAGGAAGGCCAAAGACGGCGGGUACCUGCUGAGAUGAAUCUCCACCGUGGCUGAGCCUCAGACCACCUCCAAAGGGAAGAAGGCUCCCGGUGGCCCGCUGGCGGGCUGGGGCGAGGACGAGGAAGAUGAGGGCGGCCUCCUGGAUCUAGUGGCGCUCCUGGCGGUGCAAGACGUGGCUGAGGUGACGGAGGAAGAAAAGGAGAAGGCCUGGCAGAGCGGGAGGUUCAGAUGCGCUAAAGGCAACCUGGGGGAGGUCUUGGCGCUGCUGGCGGCCCGCGGGAACAGGGAGUCGGAGGAGACGUCGGAGGACGUGGAGAGCGAGGAGUCGGAGCCCGAGGACUGCACGUCCAGGAAGCCCCGGGCCAAGCGGGCCCACACGGCCUUUAGGGCCCUGGGUUGGGCGGGCUGGGCAGCGGCUCCUGCCCCGUCGGGGACCCGCAAAACCCGAGGGGGAGGCGGCGGCCCCGGCGGGCUGGGCAUCCCUCCCGAGACGGAAGCCCAGGAUGAGGCGGCGGGAAGCAAGAGCAGGAAGGGGCGCGUGGGCGCUGGGACGCAGGCCAAGGGCGGCCAGCCCAGGGCUCAGCCGCCCGCCGGCUCCAAGUCCACGCGUGGGAAGAAGGCUGGUCGGGGCAAGAGGCUGCCCCCCAAGUGCCGCUAGGGCCACGGCGAGGCUGCAGCUGCUGGUGGGGCCCCAGCUCCGCCCCUCGGCCCUCCCCGCCGCGGCAACCGCUGAACCGUGGGCUCU